AUGGGCUGCCAGCUUCUCUGUGAGACUUCUGUGGGAGACAGUGCCAAAGGCUUUACUAGAAGUCCAAGCGGACUGCACAGCCUUUCUGUCACCCAGGUCAUCUGGUCAUUAAAGGAGAUCAGUACCAUAGUUCAAGCUCAUCCAAUAAACAGACACACGGCACAGGCACGGGACAGCACGGCACGGCACGGCACGGCACAGGCGCGGCUCGGCGGGCGCGGAGGAAGGGGCGGCCCAGCGGCGGACAUGCCUCUGGCCAAAGACCUAGUGCAUCCCUCCUUAGAGGAUGAGAAGAGAAACCACAAAAAGAAACGUCUUGUGCAGAGCCCAAACUCCUACUUCAUGGAUGUAAAAUGUCCGGGAUGCUACAAGAUCACCACUGUCUUCAGCCAUGCUCAGACAGUAGUUCUGUGUGUAGGAUGCUCAACUGUCCUGUGUCAGCCAACUGGGGGCAAAGCCAAGCUUACAGAAGCUAGCAGGUGCUCAAGACUAGGGCAAGAACCCCAGUACUUCUAAAGUGGAGCUGUCAAGACAAAACUAAAGACUUCAGAGAAAGAGGAGAUAAUUUAU